AUGGCCCCUGUCAUGAAGGUGCAGAAACCACGUACCCGGAGUUCAAGGCUCUCAGCCCAACACAGCACGAAAACCGAGAAUCUUGCUCAACAUGUUGCGAAAACUGAGACUCUUGCCCCGAUAGUCAAGAUACGACCUGAAAAAAAGUUUGAUAAUUACAAAAAAUUUGCGACGAGCUCCCCCUUUCCCAAUUUUCAACGUCCAUCUCCGCAGGAGUGCCAGGAGGCACAUCGCAUCCUGACAGCGUCUCAUGGAGAACGCGACCCUAAUGCCACGGAUGCCAUGAAUGCAGACGGGCUCGAUCGUCCGACUGUUUUUCCGGAUCCACUGGAUGGGCUUGUCUACGCCAUACUUUGCCAGGCCACCAAUGAGCGGAAUGCAAUUCGACAGGUCCAAAGCAUGAUCGGCGAAUACGGUUCAUGGACCGACUACAACGCUAUCAGCAAGGGCGGCGAGACCAAGCUUCAAAACGUGCUCUCCUGUGGUGGCCUCCAUAUAAGAAAGGCCAAAUUUAUCAUGUCCAUCCUGCGCCAAGUGAAAGCUAGACAUGACGCCUAUACCUUAAACCAUCUCUGGCCACUCGACGAUGAACAAGUCAUGGAGGAAUUCCUUAGUUACAAUGGAGUUGGCCCUAAGACCGCCAGCUGUGUGCUUGCUUUGACCUUGAACAGACAGAGGUUUGUGGUGGAUACACAUAUCUAUCGCAUCACCGGUUUUCUUGGAUGGAGGCCGUUACAUGCAACGCCAGAGCAAGCUCGUGCACACCUUGAAACUAAGAUUCCCGACGAGUUCAAGUAUUCCCUGCAUCUGUUGUUCAUUACACACGGACGGGAGUGUCCAGAAUGCAAGGCUGGAGGAAAGCUAAAGGGAAGCUGUGAUCUUCGGAAGGCGUUGCGCGAGUUGGCUCCAACAAAAGACCAUUAG